CCCGGCUCGCGUCUGGUCUUUUUUCUGCCGCCUGAUCAUGACUCAAGGCAAAUGCGCCCUCCGCAAACGCGCUCCCUCCCUGCCGCAUCCUUCCCCCCUGUUCUAUCCCCCUCUUUCCAACACCAUGUCCACCUCCAUCACUCGCAAUGUUGUCGCCGGUCUGGCUCUCGCCAUCCCCCUGAUGGCUCCGGGCGCCGCGGCCUUCGGUGUUGCUGAUACCUUCGCCCUGCUGAUCGGCCUGGCCCUGCUCUUCAUCAUGAUCUGCGCCGGCCUCGGCUGGUACUCUCGCCGUGUCUAAGUGCAUCCUCCCCCAGGGCUCACUUUCGAUCCCCCCCCCCCCGCUCAGCGAGAUGACCUGCACGCGCUCUCUCGCUUUUCACUCCACAUUGAACUUGUCCCCCCCCCCCUUCCUCCCCUCCUUGCGGUGGUGCGCAUACUCCCCCCCCCUCUCUCCCUCUAUCUCCAUCUUGUGCGCAUACACUGGGCCCGGGUGCUACACCUGUUCUCUUGUCGCCCUUCGCCCCUUCCUCUCCUUCUAUUGGGAACACCCCUUCCCCUCCUUGUCUUGAGGUGGAGGACUCCCUUUCACUUCCUCCCUCCCUCCUUCUCCCCGAAUAUAUCCUCUUGAAAAGCGC